AUGUGGUUGGAACAGCUGACUAUAUUUCCAGAAAAAUGCAUCCUUCCAAAUAAAGAAUCUGGCACAUGCUUGCCGAUUAAUGACUGUAAAGUUUUUAAAAACCUUAUAGCUUCAGAAAGCAAAAAUAGUCAGAUCAACAGCUACUUUAAUCAGGAUCAAUGCAGACAGAAAUCUAAUUCAACAAUUUGUUGUGCCUUACAAGGCAGUGUUGGAUUUUGUGGACGUCAAUUGAAAAUUGGUCUUGACAAUCGAAUUUUUGGAGGAGAAGAAACAGUUCCUGGUGAAUUCCCUUGGCAUGCCUUGUUGGUUUACCGUAAACCAUUCUUCAUGUUUGGGCAUCACUGUGGAGGCUCUUUGAUCACUAAUAUGCAUGUUGUUACAGCAGCCCACUGUACAUCACGAGGAAUUAUUCCAGAUACUUGGGAAGUCUCAAAAGUUAGACUCGGUGAAAAUGAUUUGAGCACUUUAGAGGCAUGCAGUUUAUCAAGAGAGGAACCUCCAAAAUGUGGAAUGGAAAUUGAUAUUGCAAAUAUAAUUAUUCAUGAGCGUUACACUGCUCAGUCAGGAAGUCCAAAUGAUAUUGCAGUCCUUAAAUUGAAGCAAACAGUUCAAUACACUGAAUAUAUCCUGCCUGUCUGCUUACCAUUUAAUAACAAAGUCAGAAGUGACAUUGGAACUGGAACUAUUAUUGGAUUUGGUAAGACAGAAAAUAGUCCAGCAAGUGAGAAAUUAAUUAAGGCUGAAAUCAAAAUUCAAGAUCAUCGAGGGUGUGUCAAUCAAUAUUCAGAACAAGGAAGGCAGAUUCAAAGUACCCACAUUUGUGCGUCUAGUCCUAAAUCUGAUAGUUGUUCUGGUGAUUCAGGAGGUGGAUUUGUUGUUCAAGGAGAUAACAGCACUUCAUACCUAGUUGGAAUAAUAUCGUACGGAACUAGAAAAUGUGACUCAUCAUUUCCAGCUUCAGAAAAGGUAUUUGGAGAAUUUUGUAGACUUCCAACCAAUGAAGUUGGUUCUUGUGUUCUCCUUAAUGACUGUGAAAUUCUCAAACAAUCAGCUCUCUUAAAAGAAGAAAAUGAGGAGAUUAAGAAUCUUCUGAAACAGAGUAAAUGCAAAAACACAGAUGUUCCUUGGGUAUGCUGUCCUUUAAAGAAUCAUCAAAACUUGCAAGCACGAAUUGAAAAAAUUCAUCAAACUAAAUUGCUUCCUGGAAAUCUUGGCUUUUGUGGACGUCAAAUUGAUCUUUCAAUUCGAAUUAUUGGUGGGAAGGAUGCUAGUCCUGGUGAAUUUCCUUGGCAUGCUUUGCUGGUUUACAACCUUCCAUUCUUGAUGGAAGGAUAUCACUGUGGUGGUUCACUGAUCACAUCAACUCAUGUGCUUACAGCCGCGCAUUGCACAAGUCGAAGUCAUCUACCCAGCACAUGGAACUUGACAAGAGUUCGAUUAGGCGAAAUUGACAUAAAUUCUAUAGCUGAUUGUAAAAAGUCUAACGAUAAACCUCCAAACUGUGGAAUCGAAAUCUUUAUAUCCAAAAUCUUUACACACGAGCUUUAUUCUGCAAAACCAGGAAGUCCAAAUGACAUAUCAAUCAUCAAACUUAAAGAUAAAGUUCAAUACACCGACUAUAUAAUGCCAAUUUGCUUGCCAAUUAAGAAGAACAUUAGAACUGACUCUGGAAUUGGAACAAUCGUUGGAUUUGGAAAGACAGAAGAUGGCUUAUCGAGUGACACUUUACUGAAAACUGAAAUAGGAAUUCUAAACUUUUCAGAGUGUAAGAGAAAGUAUCGAUCACAACGAACAGAAAUUCAAGGAAGUCAAAUUUGUGCAACUGGGGAGAAGUCUGAUAGCUGCUCUGGAGACUCAGGCGGAGGAUUUGUAAGAAAGGAUGAAGACAGUUCAGUUUGGUAUUUGAUUGGAAUCAUUUCCUUUGGACCAAAAAAGUGCAAUUCAGAAUUUCCAGUAUUGAGCAUCAAAAAAGUAUUUGGAGAAUUUUGUAGAUCACCAAAGUAUGAGGAAGGUUCAUGUGUUCCAUUAGCUGACUGUGAGUCUCUUAAAGCAUUGCUUCCUCUCGCACGUCAAUAUGAAUAUUAUCGGACGUUCUUGAUAAGAAGUCAAUGCAAAACAUCUCGCGUUCCUUGGGUUUGCUGUCCUUUGCCAAAGGACGAGGAAUUCAAGGGCAGAUCAAACUUUAUUCAUCGUGUUCAACUUCCAUUAGCUAGUGAUGGAGUUUGUGGUCGAGCUUAUGCUCCAGAUGGAUCACUGCCAAACAGGAUUGUUGGUGGAGAAGAAACUUACGUCGGGGAAUUCCCAUGGCAUGCAUUAUUAACUUAUCAACUCUAUGACGAAUACUCAAGAGUUUCCAGAGUUGGCUAUUAUUGUGGUGGAAGUUUAAUCACAUCCAGUCAUGUUCUCACAGCAGCUCAUUGUACUUCACUAAAUAUUAUUCCUCCAAAUUGGAAUUUAUCAAGUGUCAGACUUGGUGAUACUGACUUAAAUACAGAAACUGACUGUGAAUGGUCAUUCAAAACUCCUUAUUGCUCAUAUAAACCAAUUGACAUUGACAUUGAGAAGAUAUUUGCACAUGAACUCUACAAUUCACAGCAAGGAAGUCCAAAUGACAUCGCAUUAAUAAAAUUAAAAGAGAAAGUUCAAUUUAAUGCAUUUGUCAAGCCAAUAUGUCUGCCUGUAGAUAAAACAAUUCACACAGACUAUGGAUCAGGAAUUAUUAUUGGUUUUGGAAAGACAGAAACAAAAAAUUUAAGUGAUGUGUUGAUCAAGACUGAAAUUGAUAUUGUAGACCAUGAAGAUUGUAUGAGGAGGUAUGCAGCUCACGAUAAGCAUGUUGAAGAUAGUCAAGUUUGUGCUGUGGGGCAUUCAUCUGAUAGUUGCAAAGGAGACUCCGGUGGUGGAUUCAUCAAACAAGGUGACUCUAGUAAUGCUUGGUAUCUAAUAGGAAUAAUUUCAUAUGGUUCUCGUCGGUGCCGUUCAGAGUAUCCAGGUGUUCAUGUAAAAGUUGAAAGUUAUAUCAAUUGGAUUAAAAAUAAAAUUAAUGAUUAACGAUGGCAAAUCUUUUCAUUUACAUCAAUUUGCAUCCGGAAAUUCCAAUCUGAUGUUUUUAUUUGUGAGAAUUUUGAAUAUUCAUCAGUGAAUCCCAAAACAAGAUUCUCGUGCGUCCUUAAUUAGAUUGAAAAAUUGAUUGCAAACUGGUUCGACAUGAUUCAGAUGACUUUUUUCAUCAUACUCAAUUAUCUUGUAUUUUCUUGAUUUUUUUGGAGUUUCGGCAAGUAAUUUUUUUUGUCAGCAGAAAUAUUUGAG